AAUAUUAUCAACGAAUCACCCACUUGUGCAGCAGCUCUUCGGUUAUAAAUAUGGCCGCAGGUUCCAAGCAAUUCUCGUCGUCUCCCAAAAGCACCACAUCUCUUGCCAUGGCCAUCACUACUCUCGCUGACAUUCACCCUCAUAUCAUCCAGACCCACAUCUUACCACGACUCGACGGCCCAUCUCUCUCCACCGCCGCCGCCGCCUCAUCCUAUCUGCAAGCUCUCUGUUCCGACGACCAUCUCUGGGCCCACGUCUCCAACUCCACUUGGCCCUCAAUAAACCACCCACAUCUCCAUCACCUCAUCUCCUCCUUCCCCACCGGCUACCGAUCUUUCUUUGACGAUUCCUUUCCGGCACUAGUCACCGACGUAAACCACCAUAACCGCCCUCGCACCUGGUCUAAAUCCCAAUCAGAUUGUUAUCUCAACCUUCCUUCCGAACUCAUCUCAGCCAUCGAUAUCCGCUACCAAAAUGACGUUAUUUUCUCCAGAAUCGAAAUCACCGACACCACAACUGAUUUCCUAUCGCCGGCGUUUCGGAUGGAAUUAAACGACCCCGUACCUGAAAACUUCCAAUCCAUCGACUUGAAAGUCGACGAGCUGGCAGGAGCUGACCAAGAAACAUUAUCACACCUGAAAGAAUCCGUAACACUAAACUGGAUCCUAAUCGACCCGACCCUGAAACGGGCAGGUAACCUAUCCAGCAUCAAAGCGGUGAGUGCAAGGCAGGACUGGAUGACCAACGAGACCCUUCUCCGAUACGUCACCGUCUUACCAGGAUGUGAAGCGAACGAAGUGGUACAGUGUAGAAUACAGGUCGUAUUAGGGGCUGGUAAAGGAGGUGUGGGGUUGCACGUCAAGGAGGUGUCAUUACAACUACAGGAUUUGGAUUGUUGUUGCCUAAACGGGAGGGAGUUUUUGGUAAUUACACAAGGGGCAAUUUUGGAAAAAAACAGUGUGAAGAGGAAGGUGGUGGAUGAUGAUGAGAGAAGGGAGAUGUACCAGAAGUUGAAGCAAUUAAGAAAGAAGAGAAUUGAGUGGGUAAAAAAGGAAGAAGAAAAAAGGGAUUUUGGCGAUAAGCUCAAUUCUCUUCUAAUGAUUGUGUCCUUUAUCUUUUCUGUAUAUUUUCUAAGCUUAAUGUUACGAUAGCUGAAUGUAUGUCAAUCAUAGCAUACUAGUUUCAAUUAAGACAAAUUAAUGUCGAUAGUUGUGGCAUUC